GCCGGCUCCGCCCGCUGCCCGCGCGUCCGCGGCCGAGGGGCGCGUUCAAACGCGGCGAGGGAAGGAGCGGGGAGAGGAGCCGAGCGGGAUCGCAGCGCCGCCGGCAUGUGCUGGUACCGGGCUUUUCUCUAAUUCUCCAUGGCAGCAGCACAGGGUCCUGUGACCUGUGAGCCCGACACCCGCGUCCUUGGCACCUACCUCACCUUGGAGCCCGUUGGCGUCGUCGGCAGCAUGGGCAGUGUGGGCAGCCUGGUGGAGAAGCAGGAUCUGUCCCCCCUGGAGCUGCGGGCCCCGCUGGGGGGCUCGCGGGGGCUUCGACAGCCUGACGGCUUGCUGCGGAAGGGGCCGAGCCAGCGGGAGCUCUUUGGCUACCUGCAUGGUGCCAAGAAGGAGAUGCGGUCAGAGCGGAAGCACCAGACGUCGGGCGCCUGCUACAAGCGGGACUACGAGAGCGACCGUGAGAACCGGUCCCCUGAGCGCUGCUCCCGUGAGCAUCACCGCGGGGCUGACUUCUCCAAGAGCUCCUUGCCCGAGAGGGGCCGCUUUGACAAGUGCCGUAUCAGGCCCUCAGCCUUCAAGGCAGUGGCUGGGAAGGGGCUGGUCUCCAUGCAGGGCCUGUCCUCGUCCAAGGGGCAGAAGCUGUCCAAGAGCAACGGGAGCCUGCACACACUGCUGUCGCAAAGCAGCACGGCGGCCUCGCAGCACGGCCCACUCCGCACCCACCUGCUCCAUGCCAUCAGCCUGGAUGAGGCCUCUGACUCCAGCCACAACUCCAUCCAGAGCUUUCCCUCCUACGGCUCCCGCCUCAAGCCUGCCCAGAGCCAGUUCAGCGCCUCCAUGGGCCACAUCAACCACAUUGGGGGCUCCUUGGACAGGGUCUCCCGGAGCCCCAGGGACCCCCUGGCCCCUGAGAAAGCACCCCUGUCCUGCAAAAGCAUGGCCACGCUGAGCCGGCUGCAGAGCCCUGGGGAGCCCCCACCGCCCUAUGAGUUCACCUACUCGCUGGAGGACGCGGUGAAGCAGCUGGAGGACCGGCUGCAGGAGACAGGAGGAGAGCUGCGGCAGCUCAAGAGGAGCCUUAGUGAAACCGAAGACCCCUUCACCCAGGUGUUUGAGGACAAGCAGCGGCUGUGGCUGGAUGAGCUGGAGGAUCUGAAGCAGAUGUACAUGGCCAGGCUGCAGCAGGUGACGCAGCAGGCGCAGCGCGGGCAGCGGGCACUACAGCUGCAGCUCUACAAGGCACAGCAGGAGAAGAAGCGGCUGCAGGAGGAGCUGAGCAUGCAGCAGUGCCAGUGCGAGGAGCCUAAGCUCCGGCAGACCCAGGGUGAGCGUGUCAGCCCUAAGCUGGAGGAGACCAAGUGGGAGGUGUGCCAGAAGGCAGCAGAGAUCUCCCUGCUGAAGCAGCAGCUCCGGGACACCCAGGAGGAGAUGGCUCAGAAGCUGGGUGAGAUCUUCAGCCUGAAGACACAGCUGCGGGAGGCCAAGGCAGAGGUCCAGGCCAGGGACUCCCAGCUGGCACAACUGGCAGACUCCUUCCAGAGCCCCCCGGAGCCCGGUGCCUCGCUGCCGCUGGGUGACGACCCCAUGCCGGCAUGCCAGGACUUCCCUGGCUGCGAAACUGAUGACUCCAAGUGCCGGGGCCUUCACAGCGACACAGCAGAGCCCCUCGAGCGGCAGGUGGAGUGGCUGUGGGCAGAGCUGUUGCGGGAGCGACGCCAGGGCCAGCUGCAGGCUGUGAACUUUGAGCUGGAGAGGAAAACCUGGCAGGAGGAGAAGGAGAAGGUGCUGCGGUACCAGCGGGAGCUCCAGGCCAGUUACAUGGAGAUGUACCACCGGAGCCAGGCGCUGGAGCGGGAGCUGCGGCAGCUGCGGUCGGAACCCAGGGACGUCGGGGCCGACUCGCCGUGGAUUGAGCGGGUGGAGUCCUCAAAGAUCUGAGCGGCAGGAUGCCAGUGGGACUGUGAAGGGGGAAAGUGUCUCUUGCUGCUGCAAUGGGACGAUCUCAGGGUCUGCACAAGGACUGGCUGCUCGGCGCUGCCCUGGGGAGAAGGACUGAUUGCGACAAGGGAGCUUUUCCUUCUUGCAAUGCUUCAGACCCUUCUGGGGGGGGUGUCUCUGGAGAUGGGAGGGGGUCAUCUGUGCCAGGGUAGGGGUCUUGCAUGUGCCCCGUGCUCUGACUCCAGGAGCAUUUGCCUUGUGAUCCUUUCUGCCACGGGGGCAGAAACCAAGCGCCCUGUGAGACAUUCCUUGCCCCUCCUGCUCUGCCACCCCGUUCCCUACAACCCAGUAACUUAAGUUACAUACGUUUAUAUUAUCACUGGGAUGUGCAUCCUGUCUUGCUAAUGAGAGGCUUGAGCCCUGUCCCCAGCCCCGCUGCCUUGCUGUGGGGUUCCAGCUGCUGCUCGCAGUGGCUGCCCUGUCACCAGUGUCCUGGAGCCAGCAGUGCCCUGGGCAUGGACUGGUCCAGCUUGGUGCCACUGGGAAAGCAGAUGAGGAAAGCCUGCCAGGUGCUGGUACUGCUGGGAGGGGGGCAGCUGCCCCAGCACCUCUGUUGGGGCUUUACAUGUCACCAGUAUCGGGGAUGCUCUGCAAUGGAGGGCGGUUAAUGCAGCUUUCCAGCGCGGAGCCCUUGGGCUGAGAGGGGCCGAGUGCCUUGUGCAAGGAGGGAUGGGAGCCCGGUGCCCUGACGCACUAGGAGGCCUUUAGGGAGGCGUAGGAGGACUGGGGCAUGUGGGCAGGGGGCUGGGAUGCUCCCCAAGCUGGGGAGAAGCCUGGGCAUCCCCCCCCAUCCCCCUCCCAGGGUGAGGGGUAGCUGAGGAGCUGGGCCAGGGCUGGGGGAGCCGGGUGGAGGCGCGGAAGGAGCCCUGCUCUGUGCCUGUAACAGCGGAGCCCGGCCUUUCCUGCAAUAAA